UGGGACCAUUGCUGUUUUCGUCAGUGUAUGUUCGUCAGAUCUUCCAGAGGGUCUACAGUACAGAAAGCAGUAGAAAAACUUCGUGUCGAAAACUUGAACGAUGAACGCUUCAACCAAGAAGAUCGUCAUCCUGGCCGCCGCGCUGACAUUGAUCGCGAUCGUCGGUUAUACGGCGGCGGACAUGGCGGACGUCGGGUUGUGCAUCAGGAACUGCGCGCAGUGCAAGAAGAUGUUGGGCGCCUACUUCGAAGGACCGCUGUGCGCGGACGCGUGCGUCAAGUUCAAGGGCAAGAUGAUACCGGACUGCGAGAACAUCGAAUCCGUGGCACCGUUCCUCAACAAGCUCGAGUGAUUUACGCAUCGCACCCGUCACCCUAACUAGGCCGAUUAUAUUAUAUAUUAUUAUGUAUUUUCAAAAUUAAUCAUUAUACUAUUUAUACACACCACGAUGAUACACGCUAUAUACGGGCUGCAGCCAUACUUCCGACUUUUAGUAAAUGUAGUGUUAAUAAUGAAUUAUUGUGAAGUUAUUUUAUGUAUUCGUUUAAAAUGGAACAUAUUAAUCCAUAACACUAUUGUACUGCAUUGUUAUCAACGACGACAAUUAAUAUAAUAAACGGAUAUUACUAUUA